UUCCCUCAGGUUGAGAACUUGACUGAAGAGCAGAAAAAUGAGUUCAAGGCUGCCUUUGACAUCUUCAUCCAGGAUGCAGAGGAUGGCUGCAUCAGCACCAAAGAGUUGGGGAAGGUGAUGAGGAUGCUGGGGCAGAAUCCCACCCCUGAAGAGUUACAGGAGAUGAUUGAUGAGGUGGAUGAAGAUGGCAGCGGUACAGUAGACUUUGAUGAGUUCCUGGUUAUGAUGGUCCGCUGCAUGAAGGAGGAGAGCAAAGGAAAAUCAGAGGAGGAGUUGGCUGAACUUUUCCGUAUGUUUGACAAGAACGGCGACGGCUACAUAGACCUCGAGGAGCUGAAGGCCAUGCUGGAGUCCACUGGAGAGGCCAUCACUGAAGACGACAUAGAGGAGCUGAUGAAGGAUGGAGACAAAAACAACGACGGCAAAAUUGAUUAUGAUGAGUUCCUGGAGUUCAUGAAAGGUGUUGAAUAAAGGAUUCAGCUGAAGGCCUCACGCUGCAGCAUCCUCACUUUCCAUUGGCUGCAACACCAUCGAAGGCCGUUCCUGAAGAUAUGCCUCCACCUCCUGUCUGCUUUUAACAACAUCAGCAACACACACCUCCUCAACAGACUGCCCUGUCAGUUCAUCUCAAACAACCUCAACGAAGCUCAGAGGUCUGCUGAGAGAUCUCAUUGACAACAAAUUCCUCUGUUUCUGAUAGUGAUGAUGAAUCAAAGUGUCAUA